UGUGUGUGCGUGCGUGCGUGUAGUCGGUGCGCGUAUCUGAGAGAAGCGAAUUGACUGCGUGUAAAGCGCACAGAAUCUGUUGGACCCCGCACACACACACAAACGCAUACAGAUCAUUAACGCACACAUCUACCGCCACACAGGCACACAUACACGUUCAUACACUUCCACACACAAAGCGAACAUGUUUUAUUAAACUUCUAGCUAGCAAGACUGCCUGGAAGUAUUUCACUCGGAUUCUUGUGUAUAUAUGUGUUUUGUGCUGUGUGGGGUCUAUAUAAUACUGACACACACUCACAAAUAUAUGUAUAUAUAUAAUAUAUAAUAUAUAUAUUGUGUGUAUAUAUAUUAUAUAUAUAUUUAUAUAUAUACAUACAUAUAUAUAUAUGUGUAUAUAUGUAUACUUGUUGGAAGCAGGUAUUUAACGCAAAACAGCACCAGGAGUGGAUAAAAAAAAAAGCUACGCGGAAUACAUUACGAUCAAACUUGCCCCUAUCAUUAUUAUCCGGCACUUUAAACUUACCAAUUAUUUGAAACCUAUCUACCAAGUAACCCAUCUCUCUGUCAGUCUAUCUAUCUUUUUAUAUGUAUAUGUAUAUAUCAUAUAUAUAAAAGCAUUGUUAUUAUUAUACACGAAAUUAUAUAUAUACAUGUGCUAUAUAUUAUAUAAUACAUAUAUUGAAUCUACUUGUCUAUAUACAUAUAUAUAUAGACACAUAGAUCGAUUGAUCGAUACAGAAAGAAUAUAGAUAUAUAGAUGCAGUAAUAUCUGUAUACAGAGCUAACGCGCACACACAGACACACUCACAUAUAUACAUACAUAUACAUAUAUAAUACUAUAUAUAUAUAUAUAUAUAUAUAUAUAUAUAUAUAUACGCUACCGAUUCCUUCUCAAUGAAAUCUGUAAAAGUGUUAUAAUUUUCGAAAAACCAGGAUCGUAUAUUAUUCUCUCCAUGCGCCUCUGACACAUCAACGAUAUCUCUGAGCAACGGAUAUAUAUAUAUUUGUUGUUCCCAUCAACGGCAUCAUUGUUUCGGCAUGAGAUCAAACGAAAUGACGGCCCAUACUAGUCCCUCGCUCAACACGGAGACUUCGAUAUCGCUAAGUCAGAGUAUGGACUCGGUUAAUACAACACCCGAGGAAGAGUUAAGUACCUUAACAACCAGAGGUCAAUUUGAGACUGAAGAAAACCUUACCAGUACAGAAACCUCACCUACUGUCCGUACACUCUUUGUCAGUGGUUUGCCCAUGGAUGCAAAGCCCAGAGAACUGUAUCUACUUUUUAGGGCAUACAAGGGAUAUCAAAAUGCUUUGUUAAAAGUGAUGGGAAAACCAGGCAAAAAUUGUGGUUAUGAAGGGUCACUGUUAAAGGUCACCAACAAAAAUGGCAAAAACACUUCUCCUGUGGGGUUUGUCACCUUUAAUUCAAGAGUUGAAGCAGAGGCAGCUAAACAAGAUUUACAGGGUGUAAAAUUUGAUCCCGAUUUGCCACAGACUCUCCGGCUAGAAUUUGCUAAAAGUAACACAAAAGUCACAAAGCCUAAACAGCAGUCUCCGCAACCGGCAGCAACACAUCCAACAAUUAUACAUCCACUAACAGGGCAAGAAUUAGGUGCAGCAUUUUUCCCUGGAAGUCCUGAAGCCUGGACUCCUCAUCCUUUGGCCUACCCAGAACUGGCCCCUGCAACAGCUACAGCCAUUCACCAUGCUGCGCUCAUCCAGCAUCCAGCUCUAGCCCAGGUACCGGUACGGCAUGCUUUCCAGGAGGCAGUAUCUUCAUCAAUGUUCCAAAAUGUAAACCCCAAUUAUCAGAAAAUCUUGGUUCCAGAAAAUACACAUCGGAUAAACACUUCCUUAUCGGAUACUGGUUAUCCGAAAUACAUAGGAAGUAUGAUCCCCAACCAGAUCCAUCCCACAUCAAUGAUAGCACACCCAUCUACAGUACAAGCAACUGUGCCUCAUCCGCAGAUUGCUGCCACACCAAUCUUGACUAGUCCUGUGGGAACCAAUAGCACUACACCUAGUCAACCCAAUGCUCCAUGCUCUACAUUGUUUGUUGCAAACUUAGGACAAUUUUCAUCUGAACAAGAGUUAAAAGAUUUGUUCAGUAGGUAAGAAACAUUUUGCGCUCAUCCUAGUUCAAUAUGCCAUCAUCGAAUGAAGGGGAUAAUUUUAAAAGAUUGAAAAAAAAAAAUGAAAAAAGAAAAAAAAA